UCGACUGAAAAGGUGGCAGUCAUUGUCGAAAUGCUCGAAGAUGACAAUUUGGUUCCUCACAUACUGCGAUUCAUCAAGCGACUUGGUGACGAGUGGCCCGUGAUUUUAUAUCACUCCAAGAUGAACGAAGACUCUAUCCUUGCCAACCGUGCUCUCCGGCCGUAUCUGUUGUCGGGCAAAGUACAGCGCGUACGUCUCAAUACCGCCUUUCUCUCGCACUACUCGGUUUCUCAAUUUCUGGCACAUGCACCCUUCUACGAGCACUUGGCUCCUGCGAAACAUGUUCUGCUGUUCCAAACUGACUCGACAUUGUGUAGCAACGCGACACAGUCGGUCGAGAGCUUCUUUGAUUACGAUUACAUUGGCUCGCCGAUACACUCUAGUCUCUUUGACGAACCUAUCCCACGUUUCAACGGUGGUCUCUCCUUGCGCAACAGAGAAUCUAUGCUACAAGUCAUUCGAGAGUCAGCGCCCUUCGAGGAUCCUGGGCAACCAUGGAUCUGGGAGGAUCAGUGGUUCUCGAUGGAGAUGGCAAAGUCAAGAGCCAACUACACACUGCCUACAAUCGAAGAGGCAUCUACUUUUGCAGUAGAGAGUGUCUUCAAUCCAGCGCCACUUGGCGUGCACCGUCCGCAUAUGUUCAUU